ACUACAUUUCCCAGGAUGCCCCGGGAGGGGGGGAGGAGCCUUUGUUCUGGAAGUAUUCCCGGCCGGUGCAGGUUGGGUUCCCACACACCAUGUGCCAUUCAUUGGCUGCCGGACUCGCUCCCCGGCUCCCGGUGCUGCUGGACCUGCGGCCUAUACUUGCGUGCGAUUGGUCUGUGCCUUUGGAAGGGAACAGAAGCGUUUAGAAUGUCUGACCCUGCCUGUAACGGAAACAAUGCAGACGAUUCGUCGGACUCGGAUAUCCCAUGGUCGUACCAGAGAAUCCAAUCACAUGCUGCCAGGGUUAAAAAGGAGCCAAUGAGGAGCAGAAGCCCCGCGGCGAGGGAUAUGAAUGGGAACUACACUACAGAUGAAGAAGAUUUCGAUGGAAAACUCUCGGAAGACUUUCCUCUCUCCGGUGCUCCGGGGACCCCCUUACAGUCCAAGGAUCCGCUGCAGAGGCCACGCCCCCGGCGGCAGGAUUCUUCCCGCGCGUCCCCGGAGAAGUCCGUCGCCCGAGAGAGGAGCACCGUGGACUCGUCGGGGAAGAUCACGCUGAUGACGGAGACGGUGUACAAGUGCAACCGCUGCCACAAGACUUUCUUCACUCGCUCCGGUUACCGGAAGCACCAGCGGAACCACGGGGAGGAGAGCAGCCACAGGUGCAGGGAGUGCGGGGAGUCCUUCCCUGACUGGGACACUUACACCCUGCACAGUGACACCCACACAGGCAGGGGGCGCUGCGCCCAACCCCUCCGGCUCCAGUCCCAUCUGGCGAGGCACGAGCAGAGCCGCCCCGGGGAGGAGAGACUAAACCCAUGCAGUGUGUGUGCCAAGUGCUUUGCCCACAGCUCUAGCCUGGCCGCCCAUAUGGCUGCCCACACUGGGGAGGGGCUAUAGGGAGAUGUGGGAGGGGGCUUGUACCCCAACGUGUACCUAACGGGUCCACGACCCCCCAUCACCCACAGAGCAGAAUCACUUUCAUUUUUUUUUUAUUAAUGCGACUACUUGACUCCUCGGCCAAUCAGGCCCUUUUCUUUUGAGUCGUUCCAACCGCCGCCUUGUUGCUAGGGGGAGUUCCGAAGGCAACCGGGGGAAAGGUGCCGGAUACAAAUACUGUUAUUUUUGACUCUGAACCCCAAGAAGCUCCGACGGUUCCGUUCCGGCCGACGUGCAGUGUUUGUGUUGAAAUUCACAAUUUACUGGUUGAUUUGUGCACAUUGGGCUGAACAAAAAGGCCAAUAAAAUGGAUUCUUGGCAAAAG